AUGGGACGCAAAAAGCUGAAGACCACGGCCACUGUGUUCUACAUAGCAAGAGACAUUGGCAAGUUACUCACAGGCACCACGCAAUUGAAACGCCUGAGUCUGCCAAAAGGGAGGCCUACACGGACCCAGCGGACGUUGAGGUCAGUCAACCCCGCAACCCAUCAACCACCAGCAUGCCCGCCUACCUCAGCUCUCUCCACCAAACAAGACAUCGCCAAUCUAUAUGACCGCACCCGCAAACUAUUUGACGCAAACAUAGCCCUCGUGAAGGAGCCUACACAGUCUCAUUAUACAUGCACGGUUGCUGCCGGUGGCCAUCCAGCCUUUUAAUUCCCACCCGUGGGUGUGCAAAAAGGUGUAAUGACUUUUGCAGAUGAGUGUGUAAUAAGUAGAGAGCACUCUAACCAAGUCCAUGUUAUGUCAUCUAAUUUUUGGAUGAGGGAAUAGUGCUGGAAGGAUAGCCUCUUGAUUUAUGUGGAUUGAAGAAACUACUUUAGUUUUGACAUAUGGAACCAUUUGAAUACUGAUAUUUAGGGGGACUACUUAAACAGCUGCUAAUUAAAAUGAAUGAGCAAACCUUGGUUUUAG